UCUCUCAUUCCCGAGUCCAAACUAAGAGAGACUCGCGCCCCAGGACUCAGCCAAAGGCGCGGGCGCCUUCUCCGCACGCCUCUGCCGCCUGGAGGACCCAGGCGGGAGCGCCCCGGACCGGGUUCACGGUCUCGCACUCCGGCCGCCGGCGCCCCGCGGUCCCGCCCUAGCAGGCUCCUUCCCGGGCCCCUCCCCGCUCCCUCCGCUCUCUCGCUGCUCAGUCACAUCUUUCUCUGCCUUCCACCCCGAGGGACCAUGUCGAGGCUCAGCUGGGGAUACCGCGAGCACAACGGUCCUAUUCACUGGAAGGAAUUUUUCCCUAUUGCUGAUGGUGAUCAGCAAUCUCCGAUUGAGAUUAAAACCAAAGAAGUGAAAUAUGACUCUUCCCUCCGACCACUUAGUAUCAAGUAUGACCCAAGCUCAGCUAAAAUCAUCAGCAACAGUGGCCAUUCCUUCAAUGUUGACUUUGAUGACACAGAGAACAAAUCAGUUCUGCGUGGUGGUCCUCUCACUGGAAGCUACAGGUUACGGCAGUUUCACCUUCACUGGGGGUCCGCUGAUGACCACGGCUCCGAGCACAUAGUAGAUGGAGUGAGCUAUGCUGCAGAGCUCCAUGUUGUUCACUGGAAUUCAGACAAAUACCCCAGCUUUGUUGAGGCAGCUCAUGAACCAGAUGGACUGGCUGUCUUGGGAGUGUUUUUACAGAUUGGUGAACCUAAUUCCCAACUGCAAAAGAUUACUGACACUUUGGAUUCCAUUAAAGAAAAGGGUAAACAAACUCGAUUCACAAAUUUUGACCCAUUGUCUCUGCUUCCACCAUCCUGGGACUACUGGACAUAUCCUGGUUCUCUUACAGUUCCACCUCUUCUUGAGAGUGUCACAUGGAUUGUUUUAAAGCAACCUAUAAACAUCAGCUCUCAACAGGUACAUAAUCUCUUCCAGGUUGAUACUGAUUUCCUCAGAGGAAACUGGGCUUUUUUUUUCUUUUUCAACCCUGCCCUUAAUUUCUGCUGUGUUUUGAAGUCUGUUUUCUCUUUAUUCAUCAGAUGGGUCGUUGGGCUAGAUGAGACCUAUGUCCCUUUCGUAUUUGACCUGCGAUUAGAUGAUUUAUUUGCCACUUCUUAGAAAUGUACAUAGCGACACUGAUGAAAGUGAAGCAUCAUUUUGAGCACUAUAAUCAUUUGCUUUUGGUUUGUUGCUGUUUGUUUGAUAUGGGGAUAUAAACAGGCUGAGAUACAAAUGAAAAAUGGGGAUAUAAACAGGCUGAGAUAUAAACAAAAAAAUCAGAGAGCGGCUACUUAUAGAAGGUGACAUUUUUCUUUCUGACCUUAGUCCCCACACCUGCUUCUACAAAUUUCCAAGUGAAACUUGAGGACACUGAUUGGUGCAGUGCCCUAAGAAAUGUGUGCCUGCUAAGUGUAAGAAGUUGUUGUUUUGUACACUUAAAAGGUAGUUAAGUGGGUAGGCUGGGCACAGUGGAUCCUGCCUGUAAUCUCAGCACUUUGGGAGGCUGAGGUGGGUGGAUCGCUUGAGCCCUGGAGUUGGAGACCAGCCUGGGCAACACUGUAAAACCCUGUCUCUACAAAAAAUACAAAAAGUAGCCAGGUGUGGUGUGCAUGCCUAUAGUCCCAGCUACUCAAGGGGUUAAGGUGGGAGGAUUGCUUGAACCCAAGAGGCGGAUGCUGCAGUGAGUCAGGAUCAUGCCGCUGCAUUCCAGAGCAAGACUUUGUCUCAAAAAAAAUUUUUUUUUGUUAACAGGGUGGAUCUCAUUUAAGUGUUCUUACUAUAAUUAUAAGAAGAGGAAAGAGAGAGAAAGGAGAGGGGAAUGAGAGGGAGAGGAGGAAUUGUUGAUCUUUUGGCAUUUGUUGACAAAAACUUUUGUUGGGCUGUCUGAGGGGCUUAAUGCUUAAGCAUUUGCAGAGAGGCUGUAGGGAGGCUCUUUCUGUGUAGACAUCUACUCACUCAUUCUUCUGUUAAAUACUUAUGGAGCUUCCCCUGUAGGCCAAGAGUCUGCUAGACUCAGGAUAUCCAGUUUGUCAGCCAGGCUGGUGUGGAGUCGGUGCAACCAUACCUCACUCCAACCUUGAACUCCUGGGCUCAAGCCAUUCAUCUUCCUGUCUCAGCCUCCCAUGUAGCUGGAAUUACAGGUGCAUGCCACCAUGCCUGGCUUAUUUUUUUUGAAAAAUUUUGUGUAGACAGAGUCUUGCAUUAUUGCCCUGGCUGGUCUUGAAGUGAUCCACUUCUGGCCUCAAAUGAUCCUCCUGCUUUGGCCUCCCAAAGUGCUGGGAUUACAGGCAUGAGCCACUGCAUCUAGCCAGUAUAUCCAGUCUUUAAUGUUCAGAAACUGUGCUUGGAGUGCGAACCAUGGGGCUGGCCAAUCUGAUGGGUGGAUGCUGUGUGUUCUUGGAUGCUGUGCUUCUUCAUUGGUUUUGUUUUUGUUGUUCUUUUUGCAUUAGGUGCAAUAUCUUAGCAUGAACACAGUCUAGUAAUUUUUGCAGCUAAUAAAGUACACAUGUACUGGGCUUGCCCACCUGCCUACCUGUUUAUUUUUCCUCCUAAUGAUACCAGAGCUGGCCCACCUUUACCGAGAUCAUUUCAGGCAGCAUUUCCCCUUGGGGCAUUGAACACAUCCUUCCUUCUGUUGGGUGUUUCUCCUUGUUGACCUUGUCUUUAGGAUUAAAGGCAAAUAAUAACCUAGUGUAUACUUUUUAAAAACAUUUUACAAAGGUCUAUGUAGAAAUCCAGAGCUUGACUGACAUGAAAACUCCUGUGAAUUUUUUCUAUCAUUGUAUCAUGAGAAAAAUGACCUGUUACUGAUUCAGAGUCCUUAAUAAGGGAAUUCAUUUUUCUCCCUGUCACAUGCUAAAUGAUUUACUUUUACAUUUCUUUAUUAAAUUUGAACUGAAUAAUAUUAAGAGUGAAUAAACUAUAACAUCAAGGUAGUUAAUAAGGGAAUCCUGUUUUCCCUCAUAUUUCAAGGACACUGUUAUUUCUUAAAGCCACUUGGAAAAUAACUUUUUGUUUAGUUUCGUUUUUUGUUUUCAAUCCACCAGUGAUUUGGAAGAGAAUAUAUCAAAAUAUAUAGUUUAGUUCCUUAAAAAUAAAGUUAACCUUAUUAAAAAUAUCUACCUGCAAGUUUAGGAAUUGUGACUGCCUAGCUGAGGAUUCACUACUUUGUCUUAUUUGAGGCUCAAUGGAUUACUAUUAUUAAUGUGGCUUUUAUGCAGAGCAGUAUAUAAAAUAAUAGCUAUGUUUUAGAGCUCUGAUGUGAUUGUUAAUACACUUUGGAGCAUUCACUUAAAUCUCCUAUAGUAGGAACACUUUCACGUAUUUUAGUUUUUAACCAAAUUGAGAAAGUUAUUUGAGUAACAAUUCAAUUUAUUAAAAUCUGAUAUUGUGGUGGUUUUAAAAGUUAAAGAAAAAAGCAAAAGAAAAAAAAUUC